AUAUGUUGCGGGUAAGGAAAAAACGCAGCGUCCGAAAAAAGAAGAGAGAGCCUGAAGAAAAUGAAAUAAAAUAGGGAGGAAGGGGUUAGGGUUAGAAUUCGGGGGUUUAAGUCGUUGAAAUGGCGAACAGGACAGAUCCAGCAGCGAAGAGUAUAAGGGGAACGAAUCCACAGAACCUAGUGGAGAAGAUUUUGAGAUCUAAGAUCUAUCAGAAUACUUACUGGAAGGAGCAAUGUUUCGGUUUAACUGCCGAGACCCUUGUCGACAAGGCCAUGGAGCUCGAUCAUCUUGGCGGUACUUUCGGUGGUAACCGCAAACCUACUCCCUUUAUGUGUUUGGUCAUGAAGAUGCUCCAGAUCCAGCCCGAUAAGGACAUUGUCGUCGAGUUCAUCAAAAACGACGAUUACAAAUACGUUCGCAUUUUAGGUGCUUUUUAUUUGCGUCUUACUGGUACUGAUGUUGAUGUUUACCGCUACCUUGAACCGUUAUACAAUGACUAUCGGAAAUUGAGGCAAAAGUUAUCCGAUGGAAGAUUUUCUUUGACUCAUGUUGAUGAGUUCAUUGAUGAUCUUCUCACCAAAGAUUAUUCCUGUGAUAUUGCUCUUCCCCGUGUUAAGAAAAGAUGGACUCUUGAAUCACUUGGUACACUUGAACCUAGAAAGAGUGUCUUGGAAGAUGAUUUUGAGGAGGAGGAAGAGAAAGAGGACAAUGACCAAAUUGAUGCUUUUGACAAUGGAGUUUAUGAUAAGGACUACUACCACGGAAGAAGUCCCACGCGCGAAAGGGAUAGGGAUAGGGAUAGAGAUAGGGAUAGGGAUAGAAGACGUGACAGCCAUAGAUACAGGGAUCGGGACUAUGACCGCGACUAUGAUAGGGACUAUGACAGAGAACGGGAACGAGGACGUGGACGUGAAAGGGAAAGAGAUAGGGACAGGGAUCGUGACCGGGAUAGGGACAAUGACAGGGAUCGUGACUGGGAUAGGGACAAUGAUAGGGAUCGUUAUCGCUUAAGAGAAGAAAAGGAUUAUGGUCGGGAGAGGGACCGAGAAAGAGAAAGGGAAGGUAGAGAGCGGGAGAGGCGAGAUAGGGAGCGUGGUAGGCGAAGGAGUUAUUCAAGGAGCCGAAGUAGAAGUAGGGAUCGCAAGAGACGGGACCGCAGCAGUAGUCCAAGGAGGCGGGGAGAUGGACAGGAAGAGCCAAAGAAGAAGAAGGAAAAGAAGGAAAAGAAGAAGGAUGAUGGCACAGACCACCCAGAUCCAGAGAUUGCAGAAGCUAAUAAGCUUAGGGCAGCCCUUGGAUUGAAACCACUGAAGUGAGCUGUACUAGUAUUAAUAAAAUGUCAAGGACCGGCAGCGGAAGCCAGAUGAUUUAGUAUGAUGUUCUGCAAUUUUUCACCUUAUAUUGGAGCUACAACUUGUGUACAUACUGCGAGACUGGUAAGGCAGAGUUUCUUUAUUCCUUUUGAAGGGGAUAUGAUGAGUGAUGAAUACUGGUUGCUGAAUAUUGGAUCUGGGCGUUGGAAAUAGUGGUGGUGUUCUACCUGCCUGUCUCACUUCAUAGACCAACUGCAUAUAUUAUUCAGAGUACAUUUCUUGUUUUAACAGAGAUGUUAUUGGAAUGGAUACUACAAGUAGCCUUCUCCCUCUCUUUCUUUAUACUUCUAAAGAUGAAUCCUUUCUUGGCUCA